AUGUUUAAUACUUUACGUAACAAGUUUCAAACAGUCCAAGAAGGGAUAUCAGCUAGGUAAAAGUUCUAAUUUUUUAAUCUACAAUAUACAAUAUAUAAUACUAAUAUACUUCUAAUAUACAAUAAUAAAAAAUGAAAUUGAAAAUAAUUUACUUUAUAUUAUAUAUGCCUUGCAUUAAUUUCAUUAUUUUAGUAUUAGAGGAUUGACUGUUGUUGAAAAUCCAAAACAAAAAAAGACUGGCAAUAUCAGAAAUGUUAAUUAUAAUGCAGGAGCUGAUAUCUUACAUAGAUUUCAAUUGCAAUGGAAUGAACUGCAUGAACUCGCAGAAGAAAAUGCAGGCAAAGCUCAAGAAGCUGAUAAGCUCAUUGGAACCAUUUAUGAAAAACUUGAACAAGAAUGGAAAAAUAUUACAUGUUUAAAUAGUACUUUAGCAUACAUUCCAAAAAUCAACAAUGCAAUACAAGAUCUUAUGGAUCAAAUAGGAACAUUACAAGAAAUGUUUGAGGAGGUAGAAGGUGCAAUAUAUCGAUUGGAGGAUUUAAAUGAGAUGUUGGAUUUGCAAAAUAGACAAUUGGAUCACAGAUUUCAAUUAGCUUUAUAUAAAGAGAAAAAACUUGCAGAAUUAAAUGUUAUUAAAGCAAAAUUGGCUGACGAGCAUACUGAAAGGGUAUCAAAAUAUGAAUUUAAACAACAGAAAAUGAUGAAAGAAAGACGAGAAACAUUUGAUGAAGUUUUUAAAGAAGAACUUAAAGAAUAUAAAGCAACAGGAUCUAUAUCAAAGAUCAUUUUUAUUUUAGAAUUACCAGUAUCACAACAAGGGCCUUCAUUGGACGAGAUAGUUUUGGAUGUAGAUUCAACAAUGUAUAAUGAAUUUCUAAAAAAUUAA